UUAACUGUUUAUUAAAGGGAAGGACCCCCGCAUUGAGGGACACUAGUAGUUUUACUCAACACUUAACGUGUUGAUAAAUGCGUUUUAAAGCUCAGCGCUAGUGCCUCGUCGUUACAUAUGGACUUGAAAUAAACCGGCGACCCGAGCAGAGUAAUUUUGGUAGUUUACAGUAGGUGAAAUAUGUUUUUUCUGGUUCGUGAAUGCUAAACCAUAUAACUUUUUUUUCCACCCAAAAAGACAUAAUCAAGCAAUUUUUACCUGAUAGAUCCCGUUUGCGGCUCGUAAUACACCGUUUAAUAUAUGUUACAUACCGAGUUGUAGACUAGUGAACUAUAUGUGCCCUCUGAGAGAUUUCUUCUUAAACUAUGUCAACUCUUCAGGGAUUCAGCUCGGAUUCUGAUAGUGAUACUACCUCGUUAUCCUGGCUGUCAAUAUGCAAAAAACCUAAAAAGGAUGGAAACUACUCAUCUACUGGGUUUGGCUUUGGUGACCAUAAGAGAAAUAUGUCUGACAUGAAGCCUAAUCCAGGUGGUGGAAAUCCAGCAGCAGACAGGUUGGACCAAUCCAAGUAUACAGAAUCUACUACUGGGAUCCAUCAGUGGUUUGGACUAAAAGAAGAGGACUUGGGAGAACUUAACUCCAACAAUAAGCAUCAGAUCACUCCUGAAAACCUAAACCAAAUCCUGAAGCAGAUAUCCCUUCAGAAGGAGAGAGCAUCUGUGGAGAGGUCCUCUGAAUCCUGCCCCAACAUGGUCAGAAACAGUUUACAAAUUGAGGGGUCAGCAGUAAAACAAGAAAACAUGCAAGCAGAUCUGAACUCUGAUCUCAGUCCACAGAUUAGCCACCAAAAUAAAAUGCAUUUGACCAAAGGAAAACCAAAAGAAAUAAAGCCUAACCUCUCCAAAGCCCUCCCUACAGAGCAACCAGAGUCAAGUCAGCCGUCCAAAUGGAAAUCCUCCAAACCGAGCUCUAUGCUCUGUGGGGUUCAGCCCAGCCAUCCAGGACCUACGGGCUCUAACAGUCGGUCUGCUGCUGGUCAGGAUGAAAAACCAGCCAGAAAGCAGAGCCCAGUGGAUCAGAACCCAGAGCUUCAACAGAAGGAGACGAUGUCAAAGUCCCAAAAAGGCUUUAAGGAUUUAACAGCUAACCUGGCCUCCGGCGAACCAUCGGAGGGGUCACUCUCUAAAAAUCUGCCCUCACCGUCCAUGAUUGAAGACUAUGAAGGAGCCACACCUAGAGUGUUUCCGCAUAUCUGUUCACUCUGCAGAGAGAAAUGUUCUCACAUCACCGCUUGGCGUUCCCAUCAGCAGACGGAGUCUCAUCGUGAGAACUGCAGACUCUUCCCGAAAAAAUAUGUGGACUGGGGUUCUAAAGAAGCAUCGUUUCCCAGAAAAGUUGAGCGCCAUGAUAAGAGAAGCAAAGAGGAGAGUAGUUCUCGCUCCCGCAGCCCCCGCCCCCCCCGCCGCAGGUCUGUGGGUCAAAGGGACAAAUCCAAAGGCAGCUCCCGUUCCCGCUCCAGAAGCCCUGGGUAUCGCCGUAAAAGCUCCUGUUCUGGCUCAUACACCCCAGCCUCGUAUCGUGGGUUGAAACGGGUUAAAUCAAGGAGUCGGUCAUCUUCCAGCUCAGACAGCUCGUCGCAAAGUCAGAGCUCUGAGGACAGAAAAGACAGACGUAGGAGCCGGUCCAGAUCACCUCGCAGCUAUAGAAAUACUCACAGGUCUAGGUCUCGGUCUCCACGCUGUGACAGGCCCACCUCCUCUUACCAUCGCUCAAGAAGCCCAGGAAGACGUUAUUUAUCCUUUAGAAGAGUUAUGGAGCAACGCCUUCAAAGACGGCCUUACCAGAGAGAUCCGUCGCCAAGAAGGAGCGAAAAAUGGAGGUCAUCGAGAAGAAGCCGUGAGAGACGAGAGUCGUCAGAGACAUCGGCCCCUCAGGAUGAGGGGUCGAGCAACGUGGAGAAACUGGCCAAGAAAGUGCUGGAAUCAUCAGCCGUCCAGACUUUGUCGGACCAGAUAGAUGUGGAGAGCUUCGUCAAAACUCUGGCCCCUGUCUUCCUCGCAGAGAUCGACAAGCUGAAGUCCACACCCGGGUCGUCAUCGCCUAAAGAUGGGGCGGAUGGAGCGAAAACAAAAAGCGCAGCUGGUUCCUCCGCAAAGCUAAAGUCUUCUGUUCCCAAGAAGCCUCCGUCGACUUUAAAUGAGCAGAAAAAGUCUCCUGAAAUAGAGUCUGAGCCGUUGGACAAGUCGGUUGUUAAAAAAAAGGCUGAAGCGUUGGAGAAAAAGCAGAAACCAAAGGAGAAAACUCAGCUGAAAUCUCCUGUGAACAAAUCUGCAGCAGCUACUGCACCAAACAAAAAGCCGACAGCAACAUUGGCUACAUGUGACCAGACUCCAGGAGAGCAGAUAGAAAAAUACUUGGAUCCCAAAGACCUCUGUCCUCUUGAAUUUAAGGAUUUCUUAUCACAGCCAGAUACAAAGGAGCUGCUGAUAACCAACCUUCCCAAGUAUUCUGAUGGCUGUUAUAAAGAGGAGGACCUAGUCGACCUCCUCCGUCCUUUUGGGUUUAAAAACAGCUGUGACAUUUUUGUGAUUCCUCAGAAACAAAUGGCUUUUGCUUUCAUGCAGCAUAAAAAUGAGCUGAAGGAUGCGCUCCAAAGAUCUCAUGACGGCAUCUUUUUCAAAGGAUCUAAACUUUGUUUUCAGGCUUGCAGAUUAACAUCUAAGGAUCAUAGGAGACCCAUUGCCCGAUCGUCGCUUGGCUUUUACAAAGCUCUGAUGCAGUGCAUCGAUUUCGAUGUGGAAGAUAACGAAGAAAGUAUAAUCCAAAUUCAACACAUCUCACCAAGUGAGAGCAGUGACCUUAGGAAGGCUCUGAGAAACAUCAGUUCUGUUAGGAACUUCCUCCCUCUACUAAACAAGGUUUAUGUGGAGUUUCAUUCGGAUCGAGAUGCGGAUCGGCUAGGAGUUUGGUACAGCUUCUUGAAACCAGGCCACAAACACAGAGUGAAACGCUUGAAGAUACCAAGGAGCCUCACAGUAGCACUGUCACCCAGACUGCCUUCCCAGGCUCUUCCUGAUGUAGCUGAUGCUGUUGCUGGUGCGAGGAUCCCAACAGCCAACUGUGGGGUUCCUUCUGGUACUGUUCCACCAUUUUGGGUCACAAUGCCGUCUCCCCCGUAUAUAUUUCCCACCGUGGCCCCGUGGUUCAACAUCCCUGAUUUCAUGACGGUGAAGGAGAUUGAUGACAUUGAGAAAGCUCGUCCUCAGGCCUCUAAAUUCUCCACCAUUAUGCUGACUGGGUUUUGUGUAUCCGUGUGGAAACGCAUCCAAGUCGAUGAGCUGGUGGGCUGUUAUUUCUCUCCCAAGGACCACGAGUCUUUGGUCUCCAAUGUGGUCGUCCUUCCGCUGCAGAGGAGGGCCUUUGUGUAUUUCAGCAGCUGGGAUUCCUGCUGCGCCUUCGUCCAGGAGCAUCUCAAACAUCCCGUUUCUGUGGAGGGCUCCCCUCUCAGUGUCCACUUUGUGUUAGAGGACGCCCAUCCAGGAGACACAGAGCAUGUUUCUGAGCCUGAGUCCCUCAGGCAGCGGCUGAUCUGUGUGAAUCAGUCUGAGGUCAGCGUGGGCCUCGUCACUGGCCUUCUGAAAGAGGUUGCAUCCGUUGCUCCGUUUGUCAACUACCUGGUCCUCGCUGAUACAAUCUACAUAGAAAUGUGUGAAUCCAGCGGUGCAGCUCAGCUGCUGAGCUCAAAGAGCAGCCUGUCUGAGCGGACCGGUUGUGGGAAGGUUCAAGGCAUCCGUCUUUUGAAGAACCAGGAUCAGAGUUCAGAGGACUUAGAAGUUAUCUCCUCAGACGUUGCAAUGGAGGCAGCAGUAGAGGACGCUGCUCCAGGAACCGUUAAAACUUCAGAUGGUCAUCGACCUGCAGAUGGGGUCCAGUCUGGUCGCUCUGAAACCUCCUGGCUCGGUCCUGAUAGUCUGAAGACCAAAGAUGAAACUUGUGAGGAGCAGCAGAGGGGAGCAGGGGCUUCUGUCACUGAGCGAGAAGAAUUUAAGGGAAAAGAUCAGACAGAAGGUGAAAAUGAUCAUACAAACCCUGAAAUUCCUCGUGAGACGUCACCUGAAGCCGAAAUAGGAAACACAGAGGAAGGGGAAAGGGGAAAUAAGGAGUUUGAUUCAGUAGACGAUCAGCCGGUGAAAAUGGCGAAAGACUUGGAGGGCGGUGACAAAGAAGAAGAAGAAGUGACAUUUCAGAAAGAUCAUGGAGCGACCAGGAGGAGCAGCGCCAGGAUCAAGAAGUCUAAAACCAAAGAAGAAGAGAAAUUAACUAAAAAAACAAGGACGAUGCAUAAAAAAUGUCAAGAACAAGGAGGAAAUGGGGAUCAGAUGACGACGGGUGAAGAGGAUGAAGCUCCAGCUGGAUCAGCAGUAAAAGGAACAUGUGGCGCUAAGGCGGAGAGAGAACCUGACCAGGAGCAGGGGGCUGAGCGAUUCGGUCCAGCGGAGAAGAGAACAAAAUCCCAAACAAAUACAAAAAAACAGUCUAAAGGUGAAACUGGAGAAGAAGAAGAAAGGGGCUCAGAGGUUCAAGUGGUUCUGAAGGAGGAUGAGGAAAUCAGGGCCGACACCCCGACAACUGUUACCAGCAGGGAUGGAAACACCUCAGAGAAGGCUGGGUCAUCUAGAUCAGAUAUCAGAAUUUAA